AUGGUCAGCUCCUGUUGUGGCUCCACCUGUGGUGGCCAAGGCUGUGGCUCUGGCUGUUGUGGUUCCCGCUGCUGCUGCCAGCCUGCUGCCGCCCCUGCUGCUGCAUUUCUAGCUGCUGCCAGCCCUGCUGCUGCCGCCCCAACUGUUCUGUGCCAAUCCUGCUGCCACCCAUGCUGCUGCCGCCCCUGCUGCUGCCAGACCACUUGCUGCAGAACCACCUGCUGCCGCCCAACCUGCUGUGGUUCUUGCUUGCCAAAGCUCUGGCUUUGGGCUCCAUUGCUGCUGCCAGCCCUGCUGCCGCCCUGCUGCCAUUUCAGCUGCUGCCAGCCAUGCUGCUGCCGCCCCAGCUGCUCUGCUGCCAGCCUAUGCUGCCGGCCCAGCUGCUGUACUUUGCUGCCCAACCCUGUUGCCGCCCUGCCCAGCCCUUGCCCCCAGCUGCUACUUCUAGCCUGCCAACCCUGCUGCCGCCCUGCUGCCUCCGUCCCUGCUACACAACUUUUGCAAACCAACUCUGGGACAUCCAAACACAAGAACCUCCCUCCCCUGCAAACCAACCCAGAAACUCAACUCACCAACACCAUGGUCAGCUCCUGUUGUGGCUCCACCUGCAGUGGCCAAGGCUGUGGCUCUGGCUGUUGUGGCUCCCGCUGCUGCUGCCAGCCUUGUUGCCACCCCUGCUGCUGCAUUUCUAGCUGCUGUCAGCCAUGUUGCUGCCUCCCCAGCUGUUGUACUUCUAGCUGCUGCCAACCCUGCUGCCGCCCCUGCUGCUGCCAGCCAUGUUGUCGUCCCUGCUGCUGUCGUCCCUGCUGCUACACAACUUGCUGUAGAACCAACUGCUGCUGCCCAGCCUGCUGUGGCUCUUGCUGCUGAGCUCUACUGAACUCUCACAACUGUCUGCAAAUGCCCACCAUCUACAUGCUUUUUCAGUCAGGCACCAGAUCUGUUCUUCCUCUACUCAAAUAGAAGAAGAGGUUGUUCAUAGCAAACAAUAAUCAAUUAAAUCAUGAGACCCAUUUUAAAGUGAGCUACUCAACAUUCAGCUAUUAUCUUUUUGUUGUCUUCAUCCUCUUAAGUGGACAUCAAGUUUUUAUGUAAUUUAAAUCCAUCAAAUAAAACUCUUCAUAAUUCCAUCACCCUUGUUGUCUUCCUAACAUUCUGUCACCAAGUUUUGCUCUUUAAGUAGAACAAAAUCAACCAUUUGUUUAGCUCACAUUGAGAUAGUCAUACUGAGGUUGCAAUAUGAGGUGCAAAACUGAGGUUCCUUAGUUUUCCCAUCACAUCGAUUUCUCUUUGUCUUAGUGUUUGUCCAAUUCCAAAUAAA